GGCCUGCCCCGCCCCGUAUUUUUCUGGGCUCAUGAAGAGCCCCGUUAACGCCUGCAGUCAUUCUGGUGCUGAGACCCAGGUGCCAGAAGCCCUCCCAGAAAACAAGGAAAUGAUGACUUUGGUUGGGCGGGGCGGGGCCAGAGGAGAGAGAGGGACUCAUUAACGCUGCGUAGGGAUCAGGAGACAACCGACAGACGCCAUCUUUGGUUCAGUGCGGCGGCGGUGACAGAAGCAGCGGCAGAGGCAGCAGCAGCAGCGGCAGUAGCGGAAGCAGCAAUAGUAGAGGCAGUGGUAGCGGCUGCUGUGGUGAAGGAGGAGGAGGAGCAGAGCAGACGCUGGUACCAAGGCCUGAUCAUGGAUGAGGAAUACGAUGUGAUUGUGCUGGGGACAGGUCUUACCGAAUGCAUCCUGUCUGGCAUCAUGUCUGUGAAUGGAAAGAAGGUGUUGCACAUGGACCGAAACCCCUACUAUGGGGGUGAGAGCUCUUCCAUCACACCCCUGGAGGAGCUAUAUAAGCGCUUUCAGAUGCUGGAAGGGCCCCCUGAAUCAAUGGGCCGGGGCCGAGACUGGAAUGUUGACUUGAUCCCCAAAUUCCUCAUGGCCAAUGGUCAGCUGGUAAAGAUGCUACUAUAUACAGAAGUGACUCGAUAUCUGGACUUCAAGGUGGUAGAGGGCAGCUUUGUAUAUAAGGGGGGCAAGAUCUACAAAGUGCCAUCCACCGAAACUGAGGCCUUGGCUUCUAAUCUGAUGGGCAUGUUUGAAAAACGACGCUUCCGAAAAUUUUUGGUGUUUGUGGCAAACUUUGAUGAGAAUGACCCCAAAACCUUUGAGGGUGUUGAUCCCCAGAACACCAGCAUGCGUGAUGUCUACCGGAAGUUUGACCUGGGUCAAGAUGUCAUUGAUUUCACUGGCCAUGCCUUGGCGCUCUACCGCACUGAUGACUACCUGGAUCAGCCAUGUCUUGAGACUAUUAACCGCAUCAAGUUGUACAGCGAGUCCCUGGCCCGAUAUGGCAAGAGCCCCUAUUUAUACCCACUAUAUGGCCUGGGUGAGCUGCCGCAGGGCUUUGCCAGAUUGAGUGCCAUCUAUGGGGGAACAUACAUGCUGAACAAACCAGUGGAUGACAUCAUCAUGGAAAAUGGCAAGGUGGUGGGUGUAAAAUCUGAGGGAGAGGUGGCCCGCUGCAAGCAGCUGAUCUGUGAUCCCAGUUACAUCCCAGACCGUGUGCAAAAGGCUGGCCAGGUUAUUCGCAUCAUCUGUAUCCUCAGCCACCCCAUCAAGAAUACCAAUGAUGCCAAUUCCUGCCAAAUUAUCAUCCCUCAGAACCAGGUCAACAGGAAGUCAGACAUCUAUGUGUGCAUGAUCUCCUAUGCACACAACGUGGCUGCACAGGGCAAAUACAUCGCCAUUGCCAGCACCACUGUAGAGACUGCAGAACCAGAGAAGGAAGUUGAACCUGCAUUGGAGCUGUUGGAACCCAUUGACCAGAAGUUUGUGGCUAUCAGUGAUUUAUAUGAGCCCAUUGAUGAUGGUUCAGAGAGUCAGGUGUUCUGUUCCUGCUCCUAUGAUGCUACCACACACUUUGAGACAACCUGCAAUGACAUCAAAGAUAUCUACAAACGCAUGGCUGGUUCUGCCUUUGAUUUUGAGAACAUGAAGCGCAAACAGAAUGAUGUCUUUGGAGAAGCUGAUCAGUGAUUGCUGACUCCCCUCCUCCAGCCCCUGUUCCCCUCUCCCCAACUUGUAUGUCCUUCUCUAGGGCAGGGGAGAUGGUAUGGCUAGGCAUCCUUGUUUCCAGCAUCUUCUGCUUCCCCUACCACAUUCCAAUCACCCACCUUAUUGAUUUUAUUCACUGACCAUAUCCUUAACCUUAGUGAUGGUUUGGGAGAUGGGAGUUGGAUAGUAUCCUCUUUCUUGGUCUGUCCUUGUUCUAGGGAAAGAGAACUUUGUGCGUGUGUGUGUGUGUGUGUAUGCGUGUGUAUGCGUGUGUGCAUGCGUGUGUGCGUUCGCGCACCCCCAAUUUUGCUGUUUGGGAAGGAGUGGAGGAAAAGCUGACCCCCACCCCCACUGCUCUUAGUCCCAAAUGUAGUGGCCUUUGGAGAUACCCCAUCUCCUCCCCCAACUCUUAGGUGUUGGAGAGAAGGGACCCUCCCAGCACAAAAUUGCAUUCCUCCUCCUCCUCCUCCUCCUUAUAAUUUAUUCUAAUUUAUUAACUUUGGAGUAAUUGUCUAAGCCCUCAGCCUUUCUGUGCAGCCUAGGGCUGUAGAGUGAGCUGUCCUGGCCUCUCCCAGUGCUGGCAAAGCCUGGGAUGGGAGAAGAUUUAGGUGUGACCCCCUCUGGAGGUUGAUCUGUUUUGAAUUUCUUUUGUGUUGUGUUCACUGAGAAAAAGUAAUGUGAGCAAAGCAGAAGGAGGUAGGAAAGUGGAUCCAAACCCCAGUGUACCCUGCCCCAUGCCUUUUCCUUUAGUGGUGGGAAACCCUUACCUUGCAAAGUGAAUGUGUCCCCUUCCCCAAGCUCUAGUAUAUUUCACAGAAAACAAAAACCUCCCAAUAAAACUGUUGAAACUUA